GUGAUCGUACAAGGGUUUGGCAAUGUCGGUUCCCAUGCAUCCGUUUUUGUAGUGGAAGCCGGUGCCAAACUGAUCGGUGUUCAAGAAUUUGACGUGUCUCUAGUAAAUGAGAAUGGCAUUGAUCCAAAGGACUUAAUGGAGUAUUAUGCAAAAAAUAAUAAAUCAAUCAAGGGCUAUACCAAAGCCACCGAAAAAGAGGGCAGUUUGUUGGGUGAAAAAUGCGAUAUACUAAUGCCUUGCUCUACGCAAAAGGUUCUCACUGUCGAAAAUGCUAACAGUGUACAAGCCAAGAUGAUUUUAGAAGGCGCUAAUGGUCCUUCGACGCCAGCUGCCGAUGAAAUAUUACGUGAAAAGAAUGUACUCAUUAUACCGGAUUUGUUUUGCAAUGCUGGCGGUGUAACGGUAUCCUACUUUGAGUACUUAAAGAAUAUCAAUCAUGUAUCUUAUGGCAAAAUGAAUGUUAAACGCGAGAAAGCCAUAAUCAACGAGAUCUUUAACUCCAUGAAUGAGUGCGAGGUAAGUGAACUUUGACCACCGUGCAAAUAAGUUAAUUUGUUAAUAUGAAUUUUUUUUAAUUUAUUUAUUUAGGAUAAGUUCAAGCCAAACAAAAAGUUAAAGCUCAUAAGAGACUGUACGAAGGAGGCGGAUAUUGUAGACGCAGAACUACAAACAGUUAUGGAAACUGCGGGGGCAGGCAUUAAGAUUGUGGCCAAUGAAUUCGGUCUCUGCAAUGAUUUACGCACCGCUGCCUUUAUUUACUCGAUUUCUAAGAUUUUCCGAGCCUUAGAAAUGGAGGGCAUUUCUCAACAAUAAUUACAGAAUGUGUCUGAAGUCGCUUGGCGAUUAUUUAUUUUUACAAAUUUUACAUUUAUAUAUUUAUAAGAUCCAAAGUGUAAUAUCCUUUUGUAUAUUUUUCUUAAAUUUUUAAAUAAAUAUUUCUUUACAAAAACACAAACAGAAUGGCUUCUUGACAGCAACAGUUUAACAAUUAAAAAAAAAAACCCUACCCACUUACUACGCCAAUUUUGGUGGCAUUCACCACUGCAAU